AAGUACCUCUGCAAAGCUUUUCUUAAUACAUUCAAUCUCAAUUCUCAUAACUCUCUCUCUCAGAAACCUAAUUAAAUACUUGUGCGAAUUUGAUUCAGAAUGGGAUCUAGACAAAAUCCUGAGAUUAUUACCUUUGAAAAAGGAUCUGAACUCAUUGAUGCCUAUGUAACCAAGCUCAAAAGGAUUCUUGAAGGAAAGCCUGAACCAGCCUUUGUGUCUCACGAAUAUAUUGGAAACUACACAACUGUUUACAAUAUGUGCAUCCAGAAACCACCUAACGAUUGCUCUGAACGGCUUUAUGAAAAGUAUGGUGACAUCUUUAUAGAUUAUGACACUCAUACGGUGUUGCCCUCUAUCAUGGAGAAGCAUGAUGAAUACAUGCUGAGAGAGCUUUCUCAGAGGUGGGAUACUAAUAAGAGUAUGGUUAGGUGGUUAACUCGCUUCUUCUACUAUCUUGACCGUUACUACACUGCACGGAGAAGCCUUCCAGGCCUACCAGAAGUUGGCAUGAUCUGUUUCCGCGAGCAUGUUUACAAUAACGUUCACUUCAAUGUCAAACAAGUUGUACUUGCAAUGAUCCAUAAAGAGCGAGAGGGCCAACAGAUUGAUAGGGCACUACUGAAGAACGUGUUAGAUCUCUUUGUUCAGAAUGGGAUGGGAACUACGGACAGGUAUAUAGAGGAUUUUGAGGACUUCUUUAUUGUAGAAACAAAGUCUUACUAUUCCCGCAAGGCCUCAAGUUGGAUCCAAGAGGAUUCUUGCCCUGAGUACAUGAUCAAGUCUGAGGAGUCUUUAAAGAAGGAGAAGGAGAGAGUCGCUCACUACCUUCAUUCAGACACCGGGCCUAAACUAGUUGACGUUUUGCAAAGCCAUUUGUUGGUUUCGGUUGCAAAACAGCUUCUAGAAAAGGAGAACUCAGGUUGCAGCGCAUUGCUGAGAGAUGAUAAGACGGAUGAUCUCUCGAGGAUGUACAGGCUUUACCACGCAAUCCCCGAAGGUUUGGCACCUGUUACGGAAGCCUUUAGGCUUCAUGUUACUUCAGAAGGUAACGCUCUUAUCAAACAAGCCGAAGACGCAGCUACUAGUGGUAGCGUGGAGGAACAGGUUCUUGUCGGGAAGAUAAUGGACUUGCACGAUAAGUACAUGGCCUAUGUUACGGAAUGUUUUCAGAACCACACACUCUUCCAUAAGGCAUUGAAAGAAGCUUUUGAAAUCUUUUGUAACAAGAAAGUGGCUGGAAGCUCAAGUGCAGAGUUACUCGCAACGUUUUGUGACAAUCUUUUCAGGAAGGCAGCGAAUGACAAAUCCAAUGAUGACUCUACUAUUGAUUCCACCGUUGACAAUGUUGUUAAGUUGCUUGACUACAUUAGUGACAAAGAUCUUUUCGCCGAGUUCUAUAGGAAGAAGCAAGCACGUAGGCUAUUAUUCGGAAAGUUUAAUGAUGAUCAUGAAAGAAGUAUACUUACAAAGCUUAAAGGACAGUUCGGUGGGCAGUUUACUUCAAAGAUGGAGGGAAUGGUGACCGAUAUGCAAUUGGCAAAAGACCAGCAGACUGACUUCGACGAGUAUAUGAAAAAUAAACCAAAAGGUGUUGAUUUCACGGUCACUGUUCUGACCACUGGUUUUUGGCCCAGUUACAAGACUUCAGACCUCAAUCUACCACUCGAAAUGGUCAACUGUAUUGAGAGUUUCAAGGCUUAUUAUGAAACCAAAACCGGUCACCGAAGACUUAUGUGGAUUUACUCUCUGGGAAAUUGUCAUCUUAAUGCAAGAUUUGACUCUAAACCUAUCGAGUUGAUAGUUUCUACCUAUCAGGCUGCUGUGCUUUGUGCUUUCAAUAACUCAGAAAGAUUAACCUACCAGGAGCUCAUUGAACAACUAAACCUUAGCCAUGAAGAUCUUGUAAGGGUGCUUCAUUCACUCUCAUGCGCAAAGUACAAGUUUCUUAAUAAGGAACCAGCCUCAAAAAUCGUCUCCAAAACCGAUUCUUUCGAAUUCAACUCCAAGUUCACCGAUAAAAUGCGGAGAAUCAGGGUCCCUCUUCCUCCUGUGGAUGACCGCAAGAAAGUAGUUGAAGAUGUUGAUAAAGAUAGACGUUAUGCUAUUGAUGCUUCUCUUGUGCGGAUCAUGAAGAGCAGAAAAGUGUUGCCACAUCAACAGUUAGUCUCUGAAUGUGUUGAGCAGCUUAGCCGAAUGUUCAAGCCUGAUAUAAAGAUGAUCAAGAAACGUAUUGAGGAUUUGAUAACCAGAGAUUACUUGGAGAGGGAUUCUGAAAAUCCCAACACCUUCAAAUACGUUGCUUAGUCAAAGACAUACUGAGAGCAAAAAUGUUGUUUAGGUUUCGUCUUUUAAUACAUUCUUGUCUUUCUUUUUUUUUCUCUGAAAUAUUUGAUAAUACUUUUCUGAUUUAAAAUGUGUUUUUUUACC